AUGAUACCCGUUGUGUUUAUUAGUGUGGUUUCCGGUCUGUGGAGUGACUGUUGGGCACUCUAUCCGCGCGAAUCCGAGACCAGAGAUGUGCGACUGUUGGACGACGUCUGGCACUUCCGGGCCAUACCUUUGGGCGACGACCAGAACACAGGGUUUGACAAGAAAUGGUUUGAAAAGCCGUUAUCAGAGAGGGGUGAAGUGAUACCAAUGCCGGUGCCGUCCAGUUUUAACGACAUCACCCAAAGCCGAUUCAUCCGGGACUACGCGGGUUGGGUCUGGUAUGACAGGAACUUCUUCGUCACCGACGACUGGUCUGACCCAUCACUGGUCGUAAUCCUACACUUCGGUAGCGCUCACUACGAGUCCAUAGUAUACGUGAAUGGAGUGGAAGUCGUGAGACAUAUCGGCGGACACUUACCCUUCGCUGCGGACGUCACCAAACACUUGAACUUUGGGGCCAAUAAUCGCAUAACUGUUGCUCUGAAUAACAUACUGACGCCGAGUACUGUCCCUCAGGGGACCAUCACUUACAAGAACGACACACAACUGUUCCCAAAAGGCUUCUACGAGACCACAACUAACUUUGAUUUUAUGAAUUACGCGGGUAUUCACCGACACGUCUCGCUAUACGCACUCCCCGUCGACCACAUCGACGACAUCGCAGUCACCACUGAUAUCAAGGACUCGACGACUGGUGUUAUUCACUAUGAGAUCAGUCAUAGCGUGAAGACAUCGGCGGCUGAAUGUGUUGUGGAAGUGAUGGACAAAAGCGGCAAAAAAGUAGCCGAAGCUAAAGGAUAUUCGGGUUCCAUAACAAUACCGAACGCCAUAUUGUGGUGGCCCUACACUACGAACUCUAACCCGGGAUAUCUCUAUACAUUACGGGUGUCUCUCGUGGCCAGCGGUAAGACCGCCGAUGUUUACUACCAGAGAGUCGGCAUCCGUACGGUUAGGGCCACUGAUAAGGAGGUUCUCAUUAAUGGCAAACCUUUUUACUUCCGAGGCUUUGGUAAACAUGAAGACGCGAACGUGAGGGGCAAAGGGCUGGACCUGGCGUUCAUAGCCAAAGACAUGAACCUGAUCAAAUGGAUCGGCGCCAACUCAUUCCGCACCUCACACUACCCCUACUCCGAAGAGUUGAUGGAUAUGUGCGACGAACAGGGAAUUGUGGUGAUCGACGAGUGCCCGGCGGUAGCCCUGAGCGCCUUCACUGAUGUCUUACAGAAACAACACUUACAAACUAUCACCGAAAUGAUAGCACGUGAUAAAAACCGGCCAUCGGUGGUCAUGUGGUCCAUUGCCAACGAGCCUCAGUCGGACAAAGCGGAGGCUGAAGAGUACUUCCGGGUUAUCUCGACUCACGCCCGGAGUCUAGAUAAGAGCCGUCCGAUUACGGCCGCCAUUAAUAAGGACUUCAGUAAUGACAAAAUGGCGCAGUUUUUGGACGUAUUGAUGAUCAAUAGGUAUUACGGCUGGUAUUCGGACACCGGUUACACACAAGUGAUUGACUUGCAAUUGACCACUAAUUUACGGCAAUGGCAUAAAACUUUUGCCAAACCGCUUAUGAUCUCGGAGUACGGCGCCGACACUCUGGCCGGUUUGCACAUGUUUGCUCUAGAUAAAUUAAUUGCAGUAUUCACUAUUUUAACGUAUUACGGCUGGUAUUCGGACACCGGUUACACACAAGUGAUUGACUUGCAAUUGACCACUAAUUUACGGCAAUGGCAUAAAACGUUUGCCAAACCCCUCAUGAUCUCCGAGUACGGCGCCGACACUCUGGCCGGUUUGCACAUGGACCCGUCCUAUGUGUUUACCGAGGAGUUUGAGUCCGAGUUUAUGAUGGAGUAUCACAAGUCAUUUGAUAAGCUAAUAGCCGAGGGUUACUUUGUGGGCGAACACAUCUGGAACUUUGCCGACUUUAUGACCGACCAGAAGCAUGGUAGUAGUGGCACAGACCGAGUGGUGGGCAACCGUAAGGGCAUAUUUACCCGCGAACGACAGCCCAAAGCCGGUGCCCGUGUGUUGCGGUGCCGGUACUGGCGAUUGGCACCACUCAAACCCCAGGAGCACAACGGCAUAUCCUAUUGUCCCGCUGUUUAA